ACUACAAGACCUCUCAGUUCGCGUACGGCCGCCGCGGUGACAGGACGUGUUCUCUGCGCGUGUCUGCCCGUGGGAAAGAGAGAGAAAGAGAGAGAUUCGUCCCUUGAUCUAUCCCACCGUGUCGCCUGCUCGUUCUCCCCGUUUCAGCUUUAAUUUGCCCACGCGGAUGUCAAAUGAUGUCAGUCAUGAUCACCAUUGAAACGCGAUACCUCCUGCCAAGCAUUCUCUUAUGCACCCUCGUGGUCACGGCGUACGCCAGGUCCUGGGACUUGGCCGUGGUGAUCGGCAGCGAAAUCGACUUUUUCGCGCGGAACGGUACGCUCAUGGGUCAAUCUAACAUCGCAGAAGCCGUCGCCCUGGCCGGAGUAACAUAUGACGAUGCUACUCGAACGAUGUAUUUGUCCGACAAAUUAAACAACGUGUCCCCCAUAUUUAGUAACGAUCUCACGCAGAAGAAUUUCAGUUUUACUCCCUUGCUCAAGAAAGAGGAUAAAAUGCACAUCAUGGGGAUGGUUUUCGACCUUUCGACGCGCACUUUAUUCUGGAGCGACAGUGAAAAGGACAUCAUUGCAAAGAUGCACGUGCCGUUAGACGGCAAACCGAGUAAUCCUGUCAUUGUGCACAAUUUGACUUCGAACAGUCCAAACAGCAUCGCUCUCGACGUGUGUAAUAGGCGCAUAUACUGGACGAAUAAUAAUAGAGUAAAUCCCAGUAUCGAGUAUUCUAAUCUCGACGGGAGCAAUCGGACAAUCAUCUUCAAGGGACAGAGCGAGAUAUACGAGCCUCGGGGGGUGGCAAUCGACCACGCGGAGCGGAAGUUGUAUUGGAUCAAUGACGUUGAAGGAAUUCGUUUUAAAAUCGAGCGCAGUAACUUGGACGGCAGCGAGCGGGAAGUGUUGUUCAACAACAAGCAUCAGCAACCGGCUUAUUUGGCGGUGGACAGCGAGUCAAUAUACUGGUCCGAUUGGGUGCACAAGGCGAUUUGGACCAUGCCUAAAAAUAUCAAACCCGGUGAUUCUCCGACUAUAUUUAAAUCGUUCGAUUCAUGGAUUGAUGCCGAUCCCAACGGUAUCGUUACGCGCGAUAACGUCGGCAAGAUCGAUUGCGUGACUGUUGCAUCGAUGAUGGAGAAGAAAAGGGCGAAUUUGUCAAGACAUUUUCCACAACCGUUAAACGAGACAUUCAAUAAUUUAACUACCAGCACGGAGGAAUCGGAUUUGACCACCGAGAGCUCCAAAUACUGCCUAAACGGCCAUUUGAAUGAAACAGACAACACGUGCCAUUGCAAACCAGGAUUCACUGGACGCUUUUGUGAAAUUUCGAUUUGCUACAAUUACUGCCUUCGUGGUAAAUGCAUCAUAAAUCAUCGCGGACGUCCCGAGUGUGAAUGUACAGACACGUUUAGAGGCACCCGAUGCGAGAAGGAUGUUUGCGACGAUUAUUGCCUAUUUGAUGGCAAGUGCUCCGUCCAAAAUGGAAAGCCGUUCUGUAGCUGUAAAUAUUCCAAAGGAUCUCGAUGCGAAGAGCCGAAUAACAUCGCGGAGAUCUGCGCAAUCUAUUGCGCGAGCAAUCGCAACGAAUCAUCUAACAUAAUGUGCAGGUGUAUGGACUCGAAUCAAACGGCCGAGAGAAUUACGCUUAACGACGAUUUCCAAAGCACCACUUUGCUACCGAUAUUUGCAGCCCUUACUACUAUACUUCUUAUAGUGAUCGCCGGACUUUGUUAUUAUGUGAAUAAAUUACAAAGACGACCGCGUAUCAAGAGGCAUUAUGUGGUCAGCAAAGGCGUGAUGCCACUUACAUCUCGACCAGAAAUACCAGAUAAUCAGUGUGAAAUUACUAUCGAAAAUUGCUGCAAUAUGAAUAUCUGCGAAACUCCGUGUUUCGAACCGAAAUUACGAACCGAGGUGCCAAGAAGCAAUAAUACCAAAAAAGAAGAGAAGAAUUCCUUGUUGGAUAAUAUGGAGAAUAAUUCAUGCUAGCACAGACUACUCAUCUCGUCUCGUCGUAUGAAAUGGCGAAAAUUCUACACGAACUCUGCGCCGCGCCGGAGAUAUCGUAUUCUCGGAAUUGUUCCAUGUCUGUACAUAUUACGGCGGUGAAUUUUAGUAUUGUUGUUAAGUUUGGAAACAUCCGUGUUUACGGGAUACGCGCUAUGUUAGCAAUUGAUUUUGCUCUUGAAAAAUGAAGCCAAAGGUCUUUUUAGAAAGUCCUAUUUCUUAGUACGUCAUAUAUGUUAGGGCUGUGUUUUAGAAUCAUUUUCUCGCUUAAUAGUCAUUUAAUUCAUUAUUGAUCUUGUUAGAUGCUUAUUCUAGGAGAUGCAAAACGCGAACUAGCUUUACGUUUUACCAAAUCUGCCAAACGCAAACGCUCGUGACUGCACCCAAACAAUAUCGAAUUUUCAGAUAAAGAAAUAUAUAUUUAUGGAGAUAUCCAUAAUGACAAAUUUAAU